AUGAAAGAGUUUGACGACUUAGAUGUUCGAAUUAGACCAUUUCUUCUAAACAUCAAAUAUGAAAGAUGGUCAAGGGAACAUGCUGUCAAGAAAAUGUACAAAACUAUGACAUAUAACUUAACUGAGUCAUUAAAUGCAGCAAUAGUGCAUGCAAGGGAACUGCCAAUCACAGCAUUAUUAAUGCACCUACAUGACCUCCAACAAGAAUACUCAUACAAACAUAGAAAAAUUUCUACCGAUACAGUCACAACACUUGCAACAAACCAUGAAGAUUUACUUUUUCAAAAUUACAUCAAUUCUCUAAAACUGCAGGUGAAACCAUCUACAAAUGAUAUCAUAACAGUGUUGGAAAGAGGUCAAAAGUACACCGUCAAUAUUAAGGAGAGAACAUGCACAUGCAAGAAGUUUGAAAUCGAAGAAAUACCUUGUCAACAUGCGGUAGCAGUUAUAACGAGAGGCGAAUUGAACCAUAUAAGUAUUGUUCAAGAUACUAUACUAAAGCAGUUAUGUUGGCGACUUAUAGUGAGACUGUGUAUCCAUUGGGGAAAGAAGAAGAAUGAAUUAUACCACAAAGAAUCAAGGACUUCAUUGUCUUACCACCACAGCAUAGAACAAGAACUGGAAGGCCAAAAAAGAGGAGAAACAAAUCACAUUUGGAAUUAA